UUUUUCUGACGCCCACGCGCCGUCACUCAACGUCCAACUUCUCAUACUGCCGUAACAACAUACAAUCUGCCUACGCUAACUGAUACCGCGAUUCAUACCCGUACCAAAUACCUCAAGAGACACCAAGGCGAUAUCAUGCACGGUCCGCUACCUGCAGAGGUCGCUGCUUCCUUGCUCGGUUAUUCUAGUGCAAGUACAAGUAGGGUCACGCCUCUCUCUUCGCGACUAGAUUCUACGACACGGCAGCUCGAUCGCGAAGACGGAACUGCGAUAUCUGGACAGAACGACUCAACUGGGCCAAGGACAAAUCAACCGCUUCACUCUCUUUUCGCAAUGAACCAUGCUACCUCUUCUACGGCCGUUAUAGAAUACCUUGAUGAACUCGACAAGCUUCCGGACUGUGGAAAGAAGGACAGAAUAGAGAAGAGAAAGAGGAUGCUUGAAGCGCUGGAUUAUUUUGAAUCUGAGAUGCGUCGGUUCAGGCUCAAUGAUCAUAAGAUGUACGACGCGUGGAACAAACACAGGAUGAAGGUCUAUAUGGAGGUGUACGAUCGUUGUGCGGUCUUGACGGCUAUGUUUCUCUCGUACCUCGACAAUUUUGGGUCGCCACGUUUUCCGGAAGCUACCACACUCGAUGCGAUUGAAGAGUCCUUCUCCGAGAUCGCUCUCUUCCUACCCGCUAAAAUAGUAGGCAAGGACUAUAUCGAUCACUUCCCUGUCGCUGUCGCCGCCUGGCUUACAUACCGUCGGGCUAUCCUCUCAGUCCAUACCGCGCAUACUACCGCACUUCUCCCAUCGCAGAUUCUGAGUUCAUUCACUAUCAAAAUCAAGAGUUCAUGUCUCAUCACUCGAUUAAGGAAGGCGCAUCAUGACUACCUGGCAACGGAGACUGGGGAUUUGCCCGUUUAUAAGAUGCUAGCUGAUGGAUUUGUGAAGCUGCAGGAAAUGCUUGAGAAGAGGAAGCUUGAGAUGAGAAUUAGGGAAGGACUGGAAAGUUUGGAGAGAUAUUUGGUAGGGCUGGGCGAUGAGUUGGGUGAGGGAGCGGGACAGUGGAUUGUUUCUCAGCAGAUUUGGAAUAAGAGAUGCGAAUAGAGAAAUGGGUCGAAGAUCGAUGCGCUCAGGACGCUGAAUAUAUGCCGUGUAGGCCUGCUGAUCACUGAAGUCAGUUUGUCACUCAUGUAAAAUUGAAAA